AUGUGUGCGCUUGGGCCGCUAGGGCUAGAGCGGCUAGUGGUGGUUGCGCGAGCAGGCGCUAAAGUCUUCUUGGACGCUCUCUUCAGCGCGGCUUCGGCCCAGGGCGGGAGUGCCUUGGGGGGGUCCCGGGGCGCGCGGCGCGGGGCACGGGCAAGGCGCCGAGCCGAAUCGUCGAAUCGUGUUCUCUGCGAAGGCGAGAUGCAACAGUCGGGGCACGUCCCUGGCUUGACGGACCGGCGAUACGAGGGUGUUAUUGCAACAUACCGGGCCGACAAAGGCUUCGGAUUUAUCAGGUGCUCGGAGCUGCGGCAAAAGUUCCCAGAGAAGGACGUGUUCCUGCACGGGAAGCAGCUGGGCGCCUUCAAGGAGGGCGACGCCGUCUCCUUCGCGAUAUUUCUCAACAGAGACGGCAAGCCGCAGGCCACGGAUUUGACCUACUUAAACGGCGACGGCAUGCAGCAGCAGCAGCAACAGCAGCAGCAGCAUCAGCAAGGCAUGCUGCAGGGAAUGCAGCAUCAGGGCAUGCAGAUGCAUCAGGGAAUGCACCCUGGCAUGCCUUGCAUGGGCCAUCCGGCUCAAGCAGGUAGCAUGAUGGCUCAGAUGCCGCCGCCGCCUCAUCAGGCAAUGCCUGACGAGGACGUGCAGGAGGUGGAGGUUCCUAAAGAGUUCGUCGCGAAGCUGACGAGCGAGGGAGGAAGACUUCACGAGCUGAAACACAUGGCUGGUUCGGAUAUCACCAUCACCUUUCAGACUCGACCUGAGCUGGUCAACAAAGCGGUGGCCAUCAUCCGGGGUCCAAAGGUUAGCGCAAGCCUUGGGGCCAUUCUUCUGAUGCAGGAACUCAGCGAGCUGAUUCAAAUACCAGUUUGCCGCUUGACGUGA